UGAUUAUCUGCCAUCCGACUUAUCUUAUUCGUGUCAAUUUCACAACACGAAAUGAGUAGACAGCAAGGAAGAUGUCAGCCCUGGAAAUGUUGCACAACAGAUGGAUGCUUCCACCAACUCGUGGAUGUCUUACUGGAGGUGGCUGUUCAGCAAUGAUGCUGGCUUUGGCCAAAGCUUGGUUCCAGAGGUGAAACUCUUUUCAACGUGAAAGUAGCUACAGCCGAUGAUGAUGAUAACCGGACAGCGGAUUGUAAGGCGAUGUUUUUUGAUGAAAGGGUUUAUAUUGCGGAAAAUACGAUAUAUUGAUCCAUAUAUUGUGGAUAUAUCAUAAGCCUCACUGUGUUUAUGUGCUCUUUGAUGCCUCUCUUUGUUAGAUGUAAAAUAAUAUGACUUUUGAUUUAAAUUUCCAGUUGAUUAACUGUGUUUUGAGCACAAAAACGGCAAACAUGCAAUCCUUUGGAGAGGCACAGUAAAAAAAAAUGUAAAAGGCUGAGAAUCAGAAUCACAGGAGAAAAGCAUGGCCUGGGGAGAAGCAUCAUGUAAUGUGCUUUCGCGUAUCCACCCCGCACUUUCUCAUUUGUGCCAUUUAGAUAUACACAGAAUUAUUUACACCUUCAAGGCAAGACGACUGAACUGCACAUCAGUCAAUUAGUAAAUCAGAAAUUUUCUGUGAUUCCAUUUUAGCGUGCAGUCCUUGGCUCCCUCUGGUCCCACCUUUUUAGUCUUCCAUCCUGACAGUGACAAAUUACUCCUCUGCUUGGCGAGAUUGAAAAUUAAAAGCAUUUAAAGUUGCUCAUGCAUUUAUGCUAAUGAGGAAUUCAGAUAUGAUUUGCAUGCGAAAGAGGCUAGUCUCAGAACUCAUCAUUGCCCCCGCCACCUCCAGCUCCUCAUUUCUUUAGGCUGUUUUUCUUUUCUGUUUUUAAAGGACAUGCAAUGUGUGAAUGGAUUAUGAUUAAACUGUAUGACAUAUGUUUUAUUACAUACAAGAAAAUUGCAAUAUUGCCUUAUAGAGGGCUUUUGUAGCUGUAUUUAUGGUGAAAUACAUCAUUGGUGCAGUCACUCAGCCAAAGUGGGUCAUUGUGUCUGGCUUGUUCACAUCACAUAAAAGGAGCAAACACUAUGGUCGCUAUGACGCUGUGAUGCACGGCUAACCGCUAGUUUCAACCAGGGGCUUCUAUAUGACACAAACGUAUGCAAGAUACUGAACCCCCAGAUGGUCCUGAUGCUGCGUCAUUUCCGUGGAGGUGGAAAAAGUACUGUCCAAGUGAAAGACCAUUUCCCAUUUAUCUUAUUUAGCUACAGUAGUGCACCUUCAUUGAAAUCGUUAUUCAGUAGGGACAGUCCUCCAAAUCUGAUAUUAAAAUAUUUGCUUAGAUUAAAAAAAAAAGUCUCUGUGGACAUGUGUGGAACACUUUGGCGCCUAAGGAUUAAACCUGUGCUGAUUUGUUCCCUCAGUAAGCUCCCGUUCUUUUGCUGCCCUGAAAAUAUCAAAGCCCACGCUUCUUUAAAAUUGUUUGUUCCAGUUGCUAAAUGAUCAUCACCUUGGAAACGAGAUGCAUUAAUGAAGCCGGAAAAUGAAAUGGGACUUUUAAUUUGUUUCAGUUUUCAUAGCUGAGGUGAAAUAGAUUAGCUUUGAUUGAGCUGUGCGAUGAGGAAGGAAAGCGCUGACAUGACACUUGUGUUUGUCAUUGUGUCAUUUCAAGGAGGAUGCUGCAGCAAUUAUGGAUACGGGGUACACAGCAAUUAAAGGCGCUGGGAUUCAUUAAUAAUUUUCACAUUAAUUUUUCAGUGGACGCUGAAAGGAUUGCCACCUCACACCGGCUUUCCAAUUAUGCUGCUUAAUUAGAAAUGUCAAUAUUAAGAGAUGAUUAAAUGUGGGAAUACAUUAAGGCUGUCAGAAAUAUUUUAAAAAGUUAUGAGCAUCACUCAUACUGUGUUUUCUUUUAAUAUGUUGUACAAGUUUCAGGAAAUUAAAGAUGCUAUUCUUUUAACCAACAAAACUGUAAGAACACCACCAUUGUCUAGUACAGGGGUCAGCAACCCGCGGCUCCAGAGCCGCAUGUGGCUCUUCAGUGUCUUUGUUGUGGCUCCCUUUGCAAUGCUUGAAUAUUUUUUAACACCUGAAUGGGGAAAAUGCAUGUCUUUUGUAAUGAGUUUUAAAAAAAUCCAACUUUGUCUGAGACCAUGAAUGCAUCCUGAGUGAGUUCUGACUGCUAUUCAGUUCAGUACAUGAAGGAAAAUAAGUAAUACUUAUUUGACAAUUCUAAUAAAUAAAUUGGAAAUCAUUUAAAAACAGCGGCUCUUUUGCGCCAGAGUAAACAAAUCAGGUAAGUUUACAGUAGUUUACACAUACAUUUAUGUAUGUAAGUUUAUCUCCAAUACUAGCAAGAGUACUCCAACUCGUCUUUUCUUAUCUGAACUACUUUGAUACCCCCAAAUUCCCUCCAAUGUUGUUUUAAACAUACUAUAUGCUUUGCGGCUCCAGGCUAUUUUUCUUCAGUGGGCAUUGGGUAAAAUGGCUCUUUUCAUAGUAAAGGUUGCCGACCCCUGGUCUAGUAUAUGUUACCACUAGCGGUUUCAGAGAACAGAUGGUACAAAAAAUAAUUCUGUUUUAGAUCAGUGAUUCUCUAUGCCUGAAAUAAAUGCACCUUGCCACACCGCCACCACAGCGUGAGUGACAUGUUUAUGUGGCAACGUUUGUCAAGCUUGAGUGGGUCCGUUCGGCACACAGCUGCAGAUAUCUGCUGGAGAAGAGAGGACAGUGUCUCACCACUGCAGUUCAUGUUGUGUUGCAGGUUCCUUUAAAGAGAAGAUGUUUGAGGUGGACUUGAACGAGAACUAGUUAAGAGUGCUCAGUGGUGGAAGAAUACACUAUAUGGUGUCCUCCAUGGAUUUCAUUGCCAUGAAGCGUUCACAGCUGUAUGGCAUGGCCAACAAUCCAUACCCACAGCAUCCAGGGGGCGGGCCUUACCCUCCUAGCCAGCCAUACACGCCACCUCCUUCGCAGCGUUAUCCAAUGAGCAUGCAGGGAAGGAGUCAAAUAGGCAUGGGCGGCAUGCAGUAUCCUCAGCAGCAGGUGGCGCCCUAUGGUCAGCAGGGGAUGGGUGGCUACAGUCAGCAGCAGCAGCAGACGGGCCAGCAGGGAACUCUGCCCUAUUUCAGUCCCCCCCAGCAGACCCCUCCAGGCCCCAACCAGAGCCCUUACCUGCAGUCACGACCACCUCCUCAGGAGGCGCAACACGAGAGCUACAGCACCAGAGGUCCUGGUCCAGGGAACUCUGGGAAGAACAAUGAGGAUGGUGUCUCUUCCCAGGACCGUCCUUCCAGUCUGCCGGAUCUAUCUGGCUCCAUAGAUGACCUCCCUACAGGGACCGAAGCUGGUCUGGGAUCAGCCGUCAGCAGCAGCAGUAGCCAAGGGGAGCAAGCAGGCGCCAACACCCAGAGACAGUCUCCUUUCUCUCCGCAUGCCUCCCCACACCUUCACAGCCACCGGAGCGGACCUUCUCCCUCACCUGUGGGUUCACCUGCAGGUUCCACGCAGUCCCAGCAGUCACGGUCAGGUUCUGGGCCCAUCUCGCCUGCCAGUGGACCCCCUGCUGGUGCCAACACACCAGGCUCCACCUUGGCCGCACAGAGCUCUGGGAACGGAUCGGAUGGAUCUCGCCCACCAAUCACCCGUUCACCUAUGGCUCAGGAGCGAGGGUUUAUGUCAAAUAUGCAGAGAAACCAGGCUGGCUCUCAAUUCCCUUUGUAUCCCGGGAUGGGGCCCUACUCCCAAGGUGGACCCCAAGGCCCUUACGGACAUCAAGGAUCCCAGUAUGGACACCCAGGGAACUACCCUCGGCCCAACAGCUACAUUGGGACUACAAGUACCAACUACAGUGGUCCUGGCCCAGGCAUGACCAACAGUCUGGCCAUGAACGCAAGCAGCCCCAUGCACGGCCAAGGCCCUGGUCAACCCAUCCCCGGAGGACGCAACAGUGGACCGGCCAACCACAACAGGGGAUACCCCACUGUGGCACCCACCUCGCCCAGCAUGCCUCAGCCAGCAGGACCGGGAAUGGGUCCACCGUCUUCAGCUUCUUCUAACCGCAAGGAGCCAGCACCAGUCGUCAUGCAAGGAUCAGCUAAUGCAACAACACACAGCAGGCAGGGCAGCUAUCAAGGACCAAGCAUCACCCAGGCAAGCACCACAGCCCCCUACAGCCAACCAGCAGGCAGCAAUGAUCCAGCCACUCAAGGUCCAGCCUACAAUGUGAUGCCUUCAGGAGCCAUUGGGAUUUCAGGGGACGGCAUGAUGAGCUCAGAUGUGAAAGUGAAAGCAGAUGCAAAAGAUGAUCCCAACAACGACACACAUAAGCCAAAGCAGUUACAAAACAGCCAUAGUACCAACAGCACCACCAGCUCCCAGCAGUGUGUGUCUCAGCCGGCUACACCCAGCAGCGUCCUGCCUGUCCCCUCCCCACUUUCACCCAGCCCGGCGAGUUUGUCCUCCUACCAUGGAGAUGAUAGUGACAGCAUCAGCAGCCCACCUUGGCCCAUCAAGGCCCCUCCCAGCCCUAAAGGCAACUCAAACUCCUCCACGGCCGGUGGUGAGCGAAUCGUGCGGCUAUACGAUCUGGGUGUGGAACCAGAGAGGCGCAGCUGGGUGGAGCGCUAUCUUUCCUUCAUGGAGGACCGAGGGACGCCUGUCUCCCAGCUGCCUGUCGUGGGGAAGAAGCCACUGGACCUCUGGAAGCUCUACGUUGCUGUUCGUGAGAUUGGAGGCCUCGCCAUGGUAAAUAAGAACAAGAAGUGGCGUGAGUUGUCGACCACUCUGAGCGUGGGGACAUCGAGCAGCUCAGCCAGCUCGCUCAAGAAGAACUAUAUCCAGUAUCUGUUUGCCUACGAGUGUAAGAUGGAGCGGGGAGAAGAGCCACCAGCAGACAGCAGCAGCAGCAGUAGCGGCAGCGUGGCUGGAACAGACACCAGGAAGCAGGUCAAGGUCCAGCCGCCCUCACCUGCUAACUCCGGCGGCUCCCUUCAAGGUCCACAAACACCCCAGUCUUCUGGCAGCAGCUCCACCGUGGAAGGUGCAGGGGACCUCAUUCCGCCGACACGUGCCACUACCCCACUUGGACAGGGCGCACCUGUGCCAACCAACAGGAGCAGCGUGAGCGUGCAGGACCCCUUCUCAGAGGUCAGCGACCCAGCCUUCCAGAAGCGCUCUUCCUCUCUGCCCCCCUCUGCGUCGUACCAGCAGGGCCUCGGCAUGCCUGACAUGAUGAUGAGGAUGCAGUACGAUGCCAAGGACCCGUUCGCUGGCAUGAGGAAGAUGGUAGGAGCUGAUCCCUACAUGCCCGGCCAAAUGCCAACCGGUGGUGUUCAGGACAUGUAUGGGCGGCCCCCGACAGCCCUCAGCAUGAGUCAACGGUCACAGUAUCCAUAUGGGCCUGGCUACGACAGGAGACCAGACCACAUGAUGGGGAUGGAGGGGAGCAUGGGUCCUCCUGGCAGUCAGAAUAACAUGGGACCACACAGCGAGGGUAGCAUGUAUUCUCCCAGCAGAUACCCUUCACAGCAGAGACAUGACGGCUAUAGUUCACAGUAUCCUGGCAUGCCAUACGGGAUGCAUCCUUCUGGAAUGUACCAACAGCAACAGGGCUACAAAAGGCCCAUGGAUAGCAUGUAUGGCCCCCCACCCAAGAGGCACGAGAGUGACAUGUAUGGCAUGCAGUACCCCAACCAGCAGACAGAUAUGUAUAACCACUAUAGCGGGGGCUAUUCGGGCCCAGAUCACAGACCCCUCCAAGGACAGUUCCCUUACCCCUACCGCCAUGACCGCAUGGCGUCUUCUAUGUCAAGUCAGCACACUAUGAUGAGUGGGGGGGCUACCCCGAACCACACCGGAGACGGUCCCAACAUGUGGCCAUCCAGAACAGACCUCAGCUAUCCCUACCCCAACCGACAAGGACCCCCAUCCCAGAUGCCCCCUUACGGCUCCAUUGGCAGAGAAGAUAUGGACGGGCGGCCCGGACAGGAUCAUUGGCACCGGCAGUCUCCUUAUAUGUCAUCUCCUGGCAACAUGGCGCCCUUUUCAUCACGCCACCCCCCAUCAUCUUAUUCCAACUCCCAGUCCAUGGCAAACCACCUGCCCAGAGCGCCAAGUCCAGGGGCUUUUCAGCGGGCCAUGGAGUCUCGGGUGUCACCCAGUAAAGCAGCUUUCAUGUCAGCCAUGAAGAUGUCAAAGCCUGGGAUGGCAAUGAUGGGAUCUCAGGGAUGCGGAACGCUGGGUCAGUUCCCUCCCAACUUGAGGAGGGACCUCAACUACCCACCGGGAUCAGUGGAGGGUACCAUGCCGAUUCUCAGACAUCGACGCAAGCUUACCUCAAAGGACACAGGAAUGCCGGAGGCUUGGCGUGUGAUGAUGUCUCUGAAGUCCGGCCUGUUGGCAGAGAGCACAUGGGCGCUCGACACCAUCAACAUUCUGCUGUAUGACGACAGCACCGUGGCCUCCUUCAACCUCUCCCAGUUGCCGGGCUUCCUGGAGCUUGUUGUUGAAUACUUCCGUCGUUGCCUCAUUGAUAUCUUUGGCAUCCUGCAAGAGUUUGAAGUAGGAAUGGUGGCACGGGAAAGCUUAUUGGACCCCACCUCUGAUAAGAAUGAGGAACCCAUCUUGGACGAUGGAACCGAAAGUGCUGUCCGGCUGAUAUCUGAGUCUGUACCAGUUACGGAAGAGCCAGCGGACCAACCAGGGAACAAUAUAGAGGAAUCUUCCCCUGCCAAUGGAGAACCUGUAUCAACAGAUGGGAAGAAGGAGCAUAGUGGGUGCAUAAAAAAGGGUGAAGAAGACCAAGAGGAAUGUGAAAAGAAAGCAGAGAGUAAAAAUCAGUGUGAUGCCGAGCAACCUGUCGCUGAGCAGGAACCCAAACCCAAACAAGCUAGCAAAUAUGAUAAAUUCCCCAUCAGCAUUGUUGACAAAGAGGACAUAACUCAAGACAUGACAGGCGACUCGGUUGAAGAGUUCACCAGUGGGCUGCUCCACUGGCAGGCAGGUGGUGGCGACACCACGUCUCACAUUCAGACGUACUUUGAACCCCGUUGUGGUCCACCUGCCAGGGUGGAGGUCAAAGAGAACAAGGUGCCUGGUGAGAAGGAACAACCGAGGAAACACAUCAUCGCUACAAUUGAUGAUGUUCUGUGCGCACGGGUUGAUGCCCUCUCGUACGCCCACCCCGCACGCUCCCUGCCUUCCUACCCUUUCAGGGUCCAUCCAGACGGAGAACAGGACCGCAUCACCUUGCUGGAGGACGAGCCACGCUGCAUGGAUGAAGCCCCGCUGUCCACAAGCUCAGCCUGGCAAGAAUCACUUGCCAAGCGCUGCCUCUGCAUCUCUAACAUUGUCCGUGGACUGUCCUUCAUUCCGGGGAAUGACUUGGAUUUGUCUCGGCACCCUGCGCUGGUUCUUCUUCUCGGCAGGCUCCUGUUGCUGCACCACCAGCACCCCGAGAGGAACAGAUCACCCCCUAGCCAUCAAAAAGACGAGCAGCAGGAGAAAGAACAUUGCAGUCGUAAGGACGAGUGGUGGUGGGAGUGUCUGAGUCUGCUCAGAGAAAAUGCGAUGGUCACUCUGGCGAAUAUCUCAGGCCAGCUGGACCUCUCCACCUAUCCCGACAACAUCUGCCUGCCCAUCUUGGACGGCCUCCUCCACUGGAUGGUGUGCCCUGCAGCCGAAGCCCAAGACCCCUUCCCUUCGGCAACGGCCUACUCACAGCUCACCCCUCAAAGGCUGGUUCUCGAGUGCCUCUGCAAGCUGAGCAUCCAGGACGGUAACGUGGAUCUCCUUCUCGCCACGCCAUCUUUCAGUCGCCAGGAGAAGCUCUUCACAAUACUGGUCCGUUACGUGGGUCAGAGGAAGGCCCAGGUAUACAGGGAGAUGGCCGUGGCCGUCAUCUCCCACCUGGCACAAGGAGACCCCACGGCUGCACGUGCCAUCGCCAUGCAGAAAGGAAGUGUGAGUAAUUUGGUGGCCUUCUUAGAAGAUGGCGUGAGCAUGGCACAGUACCAGCAGAACCCUCACAGCCUAUUGCACAUGAGCCACGCCCACAUGGAUGCACCUAGCGUCAGCAUGUUGUGCAGAGCAGCUAAAGGACUGUUGGCCAUGGCCAAAGUAGAGGAGAACAAAGCAGAGUUUGUGCUCUACGAAAGCAGAUUGUUAGACAUUUCCAUUUCUUCCGUCCUCAACGCAGGAGUGGUGGCCAUUGUUUGCCAGGUUCUCUUUCAUUUAGGGAAACUAUGACAGGAGGAGAAGCAGGACUUGGUUAGCAGAUAUUAAGGCGGACAGACUAUUUCACUUGUUUUGCUAUUUUUAUUUAUCCAACAGAGAAAAAAAUGUUUUUUAAAGAAAAAUUCCAUGUCAGAUAUCUCUAUGUAUAGUCUCUGCGCCCUCUUAAAUGCGGGUUGAGAUUUCAUUUGAAUACAAAUAUUUAAUACCUGCUGGCGUUGGAUUGCUCAAGUUGAUAUUACGUUGAACUUUUGUUUACUUUUUUCAGCCAAAGCUGACACCAAAUAUUGGUGCUGACUUACGUCAAGGAGUUGUUGCAAUUAUCUUUUUUGUUGUUUUGUUUGUUUUGUAAAAGCUAUAAUGUGCUCAUUUUGUUUUUGGAGAGUAUUUAUUUAAAAAUGUGACACUGUACAGGAGGCUGACCUUUUUGCCAGCACUUGUGGAGGAAAAACACACUGACUUCUUUUCAUCCUUGUCUCUGCUGGAAGAGAACUUGUGCAAUAGGACAAGACCAAGGCGGUCCUUUCUAGAGAACCAGAGGAAGCCACACAUGCAGUCUGUACUGCGGGCCACAAGGGGGCAGCCGUGCACCAGCCAAUCAACUUAGACGCGCAUCUGUUAAAAAAUGUAUUCGUCAUUGCCUCAAAGACUGCAACUUUUGUCUCCUCAAGGCUUGUGUCAUGUCUGCAUUAUUUCAUCACUGUAUACAAACUGAACAAUGGAUGCACAUGGUUAUUUACCAUUCCAAUCAAGCAUAGCAAGAGAUGGGACUAUUAACAAAUGCUUUUAUUGUUGUCAAACAUUUGUUAUUGUUAUUACUAUACACAUUUUGUUAAUGGGGUCCGAUAUUUGAACAUGGUAACCGGUGUUUCAAUGUAAAAAAAAAAAAUAAUAAUAAAAUAUGCCUGUAUGCAUUGUAUUAUAGCUGAGAAAACAAUCGCUUUGGUAGUCAAAUGUGAAAGUGCCAGGGUGAGAGGAUCCGUAUGUUACGUAAGAAAACUGAACACAUUUCUUUUUGUUGCUGUCCUCCAUUCACGUCAGUGGGCACAUUUUGGAUUGCCCCAAAAGAAAUGUGUUGAAAUCCUACAAGAUGUUCAAGAUGCUCAUUGUAAAAUUUGCCUUUUUUCAUAUGACUACAGUAUGUCUCUUUUAUCCAGUAUACACAUUUAUACUCUGUCCUGCACAUGUCACAAAUAAAUGUACAAUGAACAUCAUCGUAGUAGUUACAUUCUGUCUCCACCAUCUUAAUAGGCCGAGAAAAACAAACUGCCAAGCCUAGCUAGAAAAGCCUAGCUUGACAGAUUGCAGUUAUUGUCUUAAACUGCUAAUUUAUUCUAAUUAUGUCUACUAUAUUGUGUAAUGCAAGUGUAAAGGUAACUAUAGGGGUGUUAUUUCAUGUCGAGGGGGCUCUUAAUAACAUAUUUUCGAUGCUAUUUUCUAUUUUACUGAUCUGAUCCUAGCUUAGCUAGAAAGUCCUAGCUUGACAGAUAGCAGUUAUUAUUUGUCUUAAACUGCUUAUUUAUUCUAAUUAUGUCUACUAUAUUGUGUAAUACAAGUGUAA